CGGCAGAAGCCUGCUUCAAAUUGUAGGUAUGUGUGUUCCCAGGUAAACACUGGCCUUGUUUUGGAGGUCAGGAGAACAGCCCGGUUGGAGCCACGGGCCAGAACGCUGGAAGACAAAGCUGGCUUGUUCAUUUCAACUUCAGGCAACACGGGGGAGGAAAUUUUGUAGAGAAAAAGCAAAGGGGUAGAAGAAGAGGAGAAAGCGAUGCAGGGGAAGGAGGGGGGCAUGUGGAAAGCAAGUAGGAGAGGAGGAGCUCAUUUUCCAUCUCACCACAGGAAAUCAGUGUGUGGUUGAAAUGAAGUCUGGACUGCUUGUGCAACAUACUGUGUGUGUGUGUGUUGGUGCACAGGACGUUUGUGAGGAACACAGCAGAAUGGUUAGUCGUGUGGAGCAUCCCGCAGCAGGCUACAAGAAACUCUUUGAGACCGUGGAGGAGCUGAAUGAACCAAUUCCAGCUAAGAUCACUGGGCAUUUACCAGCAUGGCUUGGCGGCAGUCUUCUCAGGAUGGGUCCCGGUCUUUUUGAGAUUGGGGACCAACCUUUCCACCAUCUGUUUGAUGGACAGGCUAUCAUGCACAAGUUUGACCUGAAAAAUGGUCAGGUGACCUACUUCAGGAAGUUCAUCAAAACAGAUGCAUACGUCCGUGCCAUGACCGAGAAUAGAGUGGUCAUCACUGAGUUUGGCACAGCAGCGUACCCUGACCCCUGCAAAAACAUCUUCUCCAGAUUCUUCACCUACUUUAGAGGGAUUGAAGUGACCGAUAAUUGCAUGGUGAACAUUUAUCCUGUUGGGGAAGACUUCUAUGCCGUGACAGAGACCAAUUACAUUACAAAGGUUGAUCCUGACUCACUGGAAACUUUGAAGAAGGUGGACCUGUGUAAGUACCUGUCUGUGAAUGGGGUGACAGCCCACCCCCACAUUGAGGCAGAUGGUACAGUUUACAACAUCGGUAACUGCUUUGGAAAGAACAUGAGUCUGGCUUACAACAUUGUCAAGAUCCCACCCGCUCAGAAAGAUAAGAUGGACCCCUUGGAGAAGUCCCAGGUCAUUGCUCAGCUCCCAAGCAGUGAGAGAUUAAAGCCCUCUUAUAUACACAGUUUCGGUUUGACAGACAACUAUUUUGUGUUCGUGGAGCAGCCGAUCAAAAUUAACUUGCUCAGGUUCCUGUCAGCUUGGAGCAUCAGAGGAGCUACAUACAUGGACUGCUUUGAAUCCAAUGAGAGCAUGGGGACAUGGUUUCACCUGGUCACUAAGGACCCAGCAGCGUAUAUGAGCAGCCACAAGUUUCGAACGUCAGCUUUCAACAUUUUCCAUCAUAUCAAUGCUUAUGAAGACCAGGGAUUCAUUGUUGUUGACCUCUGCACGUGGAAAGGUCAUGAACUUGUCUAUAACUACCUGUACCUGGCCAACCUGAGGAAUGACUGGGAGAAGGUGAAAAAAGCAGCCAUGACAGCUCCUCAGCCUGAGGUCAGGCGAUACGUGUUGCCGUUGGAUAUACACAGCAUGGAUCCAGGAAAGAACAUGGUGUCUCUGUCCUACACGACAGCAACUGCUGUUCUUCUCAGUGACGGAACUAUCUGGUUGGAACCUGAAGUCAUCUUGUCUCAACCAAGACAAGCAUUUGAGUUUCCCCAGAUUAACUACUCACAAUGUCGUGGGAAGAAAUAUUCCUUCACGUAUGGUCUUGGGCUCAACCAUUUCAUCCCUGACAAGAUUGUCAAGUUAAACGUGCAGACCAAAGAGACGCUGAUAUGGCAGGAAGAUGAAUGUUAUCCAUCUGAACCACUGUUUGUACCAACACCAGGAGCAGCACAGGAGGAUGACGGUGUGUUGCUGAGUAUUGUGGUGAAGCCAGGAGCAGAAAGACCGGGCUUCCUGUUGGUGUUGGAUGCCACCGAAAUGACAGAGUUGGCCAGGGCAGAGGUCAACACCAUCUUCCCAGUGACUUUGCAUGGCUUCUACAAGCCAUGAUCGUCAAGUAACAGUCAUUGUUCCUGCUAUUUCUUAUAUAAAUAUAUAUAUAUAUAUAUCACAGGGGUUUGCGGUUUAGAACCCUCCACGAAUGGAAGCACUCUUAACAAGCCCAAAAAGGGACCAUUUUGUAUUGGCCCACGGCAUCUUCUGAAAAUAUAAUGUAACUAUGAAACUAAAAAGAAAAUGGGGAAAAUAGCAGUAAUUUUACUACAAUAAAGUCAAAUUAAGACAAAAAAGUUGUAAUCUAACAAGAAAAAAAAUCAUAAUUUUAUGACAACUUUGUAAUACAGUAUGAGGAAAAAUUAUUGUUAUUGUUAUUAUUGUUAUUUUAGUAGAAAAGUUUAAAUAUUGAGGAAAGACAAACAAUGAAUGUUGUAAUUUUUGUACAAUUGCAGAAAACAAAUAUAGUAUGGGAAUAAAGUCAUAAUUAUGAAAAAUACAUUUGAGAAGAAAGUUUAAACAAAAAAUAAUUAAAUAAUUGCAAUUUUACAAAAAUUAAGAUGAAAAAAGUUUGAACAAAUUUUUGUUUGCUCCUGGUACACUUAUAAUGACAUCUCAUUAAGACAAUAUUUUCCACCUUGACUAGUACAGAAAUGACAGACACUAGCAUUGGGCAUCAAAGAACCAAUACAUCUUAAAGAGAUGCUGGUACAGAACAUUUAAUGACAGGCACUGCAAUGGCGGUGUUACGUUUUCAGACGUACUAUAGCCCGACCUCUUUCUUCUCAGUCACUAGGCUUAAACCAGUCUGAUGACUCAAAGGAACCGCAAAUGAAUGGAACAGAGUGUAGCACACCAUGAUGGUGAGCAAGAGAGAUGGGCUACUGGCACUAUACAGUGUACAAUGUAUUCACUCUGAGCUGAGUAUGAAAUAAAAUGGCUUUUUUUUC